UCUCCCUCACAUAACUCCACUCUCGUGCCAUUGCAAGAUCCUCGCUCCGCCUCUCAUCUCACCACAUGCGUAGUCGUCCGCCUCCUCCGAGCUGCUAGGUUCCAACGCUGCCACAGUCCAGUUCUUGUUCAGCCAUCCUCCACGGCUCGAUCGUUCCCGGCCGAUAGCUGCUGCCUCUCACAACUCACGAAACAAACACAGGAACACAAGAAGUUUGGUGCCGCUGCCUCACACAGCCAGCGUUUUCUUCUGUCUAUUUCUUGUCAAAGGGUGUAGAUUGACGACCCAAAUCUACCUAUUUAUCGUCCGUGCAUUCAUCGAUCUCCUAACACAAUGGUCUUGGAGGCGGCUGUGGCGAGUGUGGCCACGGGGGUCCUGAAGCCCGUCCUGGAGAAGCUGGCAGCUCUGCUCACCAAUGAGUACAAGCGUUUCAAAGGUGUGCGCAAAGAGAUCAAGUCCGUCACUCAUGAGCUCGCCGCCAUGGAGGCUUUUCUCGUCAGGAUGUCCGAGGACGAGGAUCCCAAUGAGCAGGAUAAAGUUUGGAUGAAUGAGGUGCGGGAGCUGUCCUAUGACCUAGAGGAUGCCAUCGACGACUUCAUGCAGAGCAUCGGAAACAAAGACGAAAAGCCAGAUGGCUUCAUUGAGAAGAUCAAGAGCUCGCUAGGGAAGUUGGGGAAGAUGAAGGCUCGCCGCCGGAUCGGCAGAGAGAUCCAAGAUCUAAAGAAACAUAUCAUUGAGGUGGGUGAGAGGAAUGAAAGGUACAAGAGUCGCGAGACCUUCUCCAACACAAAAAAUGCGACCGUUGACCCUAGAGCUCUUUCUAUAUUUGAGCACGCCUCAAAGCUUGUGGGAAUUGAUGGACCUAAGGCUGAGAUAAUCAAAUUGUUGAACGAAGGUGCGUCAACAGAUAAUCAACUGAAGUUGAUUUCCAUCGUAGGAACUGGAGGAAUGGGCAAAACCACUCUUGCAAACCAAGUGUAUGAAGACCUCAACAAGAAAUUCAAAUGUCGGGCCUUCUUAUCCGUGGCACGAAAUCCAGAUAUGAUAAAUAUCAUGAGAAUUAUUCAUAGUAAAGUCAGUGGUCGACGUUUUUCUGACACCGAAGCAGGGAGCAUACAACAAGUCAUCAUCAAUAUCAACAGUUUCCUAGCCAGCAAAAGGAAAAAUGAUGAUAAUCCUUGUGGAGGGGAAAAGGAAGCAACUUCGCUCACCCGUGCCGCUCUCGCGGGCGGCAGGGCGAACCCUAGCUGCCGCCGGCCAGCAGCCCUUCCCCAACCCUGCCCCCCCCCCUGCCGCCACCCGAGGGCGCCGCCGGGCAAAGCCCGGCUGGCGUCGGCGUCGGCGGGGCCUUCUUCCCUUCUUCCUUGGCUUCCGACAGCGCGGGACGGAGGGCCACGGAGAGGAUCGCGUCGUUCGUGCGGGACGGCGCGGCGGCGACCCGGGCGGCGCACCGGUGGUGCGGUCGUGCGGCGGAGCGGCGGCGGCUGCGUGGUUUUGGUGGCGCGGGCUUGUGCGUGGGGAGGGUGA